UGUGCUUCCCCAGAAGGAAGAAUUAAAAAUGAGUAAGUUCAAGGAGGCAGUGACCUUUAAGGACGUGGCUGUGGCCUUCACUGAGGAGGAGCUGGGACUGCUGGACUCUGCCCAGAGGGAGCUGUACCGAGAUGUGAUGCUGGAGAACUUCAGGAACCUGCUCUCAGUGGGGCAUCAACCCUUCAAACGAGAUACAUCACAUAUGGAAAUAGAAAAGAAGCUUUGGAUGAUGAAGACAGCAACCCAAAGAGACAGAAAUUUAGGUAAGAACCAAGCAAUUCUUUCCUGUUGGAGAAUCUGGCAACAAAUUGCAGAUGACUUAACCAGGUGUCAAGACCCCAUGAUAAAUAAUUUUCAGUUUCACAAACAAGUUGAUUUCCCCUGCCAGGUAGGGGUAGGACUGUCUAUUCAAAUUUCUGAAUAUGACAACUAUGUACUAAAUCAUAAAGCAGAUGGUCCCAAUGAUACUGGAAAUUCAGAGUUUCUGACUUUGAGAAGCCAGGAUUCUUUGAGGAAAACUUUCCUGACUGAGUCACAGAAUUAUCAGAAUAGAUAUCAGCAAAUUCCCAUGAAAAGUAAACUGUGUCAGUGUAAACAGGGUAUUGACCCCAUCAGUUGGGUUUCGCGUCACCAUGAUGAUUAUAGAGCACACAAAAGUGAAAAAUCUCAUAGAUCUGAUGAUUAUGGAAGAGACAACGUGAAGAUUUUGACAUUUGAUCAGAAUGGCAUGAUUCACACAGGACAGGAACCUUACCAGUGUAACAAGUGUGAAAAAACCUUUGGUGAUCUUUCCAGCUUUGAUCUUCAACAGCAAUUACAAUCAGGGGAGAAGUCUCUUACAUGUGUCAAGUGUGGAAAAGGCUUCCAUUAUAGCUCAGUUCAUCCUGUUCGGAGAGUUCACGUGGGAGAAAAACUUAAGUGUGUUGAGGGUGGUAGGGAAUUCAAUCAGGACUCACAUCUACAAAACCAUCAGAAAGUCCGUAUGAUCGAGAAACCAUACAAAUGUAAUCAAUGUGGGAAAGGUUUCAGUCGUAGAUCAGCACUUAAUGUUCAUUGUAAGGUCCACACAGGAGAGAAACCUUAUAAUUGUGAAGAGUGUGGGAGGGCCUUCAGUCAGGCCUCUCAUCUUCAGGACCAUCAGAGACUCCACACUGGGGAGAAACCAUUCAAAUGUGAUGCGUGUGGUAAGAGCUUCAGUCGGAAUUCACAUCUUCAAUCCCAUCAGAGAGUUCAUACGGGAGAGAAGCCAUACAUAUGUGAGGAGUGUGGGAAGGGCUUCAUUUGUAGCUCCAAUCUCUACAUUCAUCAGAGGGUCCACACAGGAGAAAAACCCUAUAAAUGUGAGGAAUGUGGUAAAGGCUUUAGUCGGCCUUCAAGUCUUCAGGCCCAUCAGGGAGUCCACACUGGAGAGAAAUCAUAUAUAUGUACUGUGUGUGGGAAAGGCUUUACUCUGAGUUCAAAUCUUCAAGCCCAUCAGAGAGUGCACACUGGAGAGAAACCAUACAAAUGUGAGGAGUGUGGGAAGAGCUUCAGGAGGAACUCCCAUUAUCAAGUUCAUCUAGUGGUCCACACAGGAGAGAAACCCUAUAAAUGUGAGGUGUGUGGGAAGGGCUUCAGUCAAAGUUCAUAUCUUCAGAUCCAUCAGAAGGCCCACAGUAUAGAGAAACCUUACAAGUGUGAGGAGUGUGGGCAGGGCUUUAAUCAGAGUUCACGACUUCAAAUUCACCAGCUGAUCCAUACCGGCGAGAAACCAUACAAAUGUGAAGAGUGUGGAAAGGGAUUCAGUCGUAGAGCAGAUCUUAAAAUUCAUUGUAGAAUCCACACGGGAGAGAAACCAUAUAAUUGUGAGGAGUGUGGGAAGGUCUUCAGGCAGGCCUCAAAUCUUUUGGCCCAUCAGAGAGUCCACAGUGGAGAAAAACCAUUCAAAUGUGAAGAGUGUGGAAAGAGCUUUGGUAGGAGUGCACACCUUCAAGCCCAUCAAAAAGUCCACACUGGAGAAAAGCCGUACAAAUGUGAGGAGUGUGGGAAGGGCUUCAAGUGGAGCCUGAAUCUUGAUAUGCAUCAGAGGGUGCACACAGGGGAGAAACCAUAUAAGUGUGGGGAGUGUGGUAAGUACUUCAGUCAGGCCUCAAGUCUUCAGCUUCAUCAGAGUGUCCACACUGGAGAGAAACCGUACAAAUGUGAUGUGUGUGGUAAAGUCUUCAGUCGGUCUUCACAGCUACAGUCUCAUCAGAGGGUUCACACAGGAGAGAAACCUUACAGAUGUGAGCUAUGUGGUAAGAGCUUCAGUUGGCGAUCAAAUCUUACAAUUCAUCACAGGAUCCAUGUUGGUGAUAAAUCUUAUAAAAGUAAUAGAGGUGGUAAGAAUGUCAGGGAGGGUACACGGGAAAAAAAUUCUAUAAAAUGAUUUUUU